GAGGCCUGCCAUGUUCACCCAUGAUCCAGAGGCCUGUGUGCUGCUGGGACAGCUCCCUAGAAAGCGUUGUUGUUUUUUUUGCAGGGAUGUCCCGGGAACUGAGCAGAGAAGUGGCAGGCUGCUGCGUAAUUGCGCACCGUUCUUCCGAGGCAGGGAGGCGCAUCUCCCCUGCAUGCCCCAACAGCCCUGGCUUGUCACCAAGCCAGGAAGACUAAAGGUUUUGUUCUCUCUGAACACUGGAGCUUUGUCCCGGCGGUGGAGCAGCAGCAGCACCGCCUGCCCUUGGCACAGACACACACACGCCCACGAUUACGAAAGAGGUGGAGUUUAUCCUCUGCUGUCAGCGUGCCAGCCACAGGAGGCGGCCAGGAAAAGGGCAUUUCCAGGAGUAGCGUCUUUGCCAUCUUGGAGGAAAGGAGCUUUCUCCAGAGCAGGAGAAAGAGGCCGGGCGUUUGCAGCAGGUCUGCAGCUGAUUUAUCGGCUCCCCAAGGGGCGAGCAGAACUGCCACCUUGGAGAGAUCCUUUCCACCUCCUGCCUGGUCCUAAGAAGUGAAGGGGGGCAGUGGAAAACUCCGCCAGGCCUAGGGAGAGAGAAAGCUCGCCCCCUGCUCCAUACCUAUUGCUGGGGAUUUUGUGGAAGAGAAUCACAGACACACACACACACACACACACACACACACCAGGACAACUUCAGCUCUCUGCCUAGAGUGUGCUUUGGACCAUGGGCAAUGGCAUGAACAAGAUUCUCCCUGGGCUCUUCCUCGGCAACUUCAUAGAUGCCAAAGACUUCGACCAGCUGAGCAGGCACAAUAUCACCCACAUCGUCUCCAUCCAUGAAUCUGCACAGCCAUAUAUUCCGGGAAUCAUCUACCUCCGCAUUGCUCUGCCAGACACACCAGAGGCCAACAUCAAGAAGCACUUCAAGAAAUGCAUCCAUUUCAUCCAUUCCUGUCGCCUGCAUGGAGGGAACUGCCUCGUUCACUGCCUCGCAGGGAUCUCCCGCAGCACCACCAUCGUCCUUGCGUACGUCAUGGCCGUGACACAGCUGAACUGGCACGAUGCCCUGGAGGCCGUCAAGGCAGCCCGGCCAGUCGCCAAUCCCAACCCGGGUUUCCGUCAACAGCUGGAGGAGUACGGGGGCAGCCGGUCUGUGAAGAAGAUCCACCGGAGACUUGAGCGCAAGUAUGGAGCAUCGCCUUUUAGUGACGAAGAGGAUAUCAGAGCCCUGCUCCCACCUGGGAAAAGGCACCUGGUCCCUAGGAGAGAGGGGGCUCUGCAGACCCUGGUGCCAAAGGAGAGAGGAGCCAAGCACACGGACCCCUUUCUGCUGCGGAUGAAGCAGACCUUCUCCUGCCUCCCGGGGUGUUUGAAAUGACCCCUCUUCCAGGCAUUUUUGGGGGGGAAGCACAGAAGCUUAGCACAUCGGACUGCUUGGAGUCAAAACCUGGCAAGGGCUGUUCCAAUCUCCUGGCAUCACGAAAUGCGCUCGGCUGAGAAACCGGCAGCACCCACGAGUAGCUACCCAGAUCCAUGUGGUCUACCCACCUCAGUCCCUUCCACUCGCUGAAACGGAGGAAACUGUUAGGAGAGCCGGCCCCCAGGGACUUCUCUGCAGGUUCAGAUGGUAAAAAAUGCCAGGCACAGAGGUCGCCAGCUUCAGGGUCCGGCUGAGGAAUAAGAGCCAGAGCUUCCCAGAAACAGAUGAUUCUUUGGGGAUAUUUUUUUCCCCAUUGCACAGGGUUCGACUAGAUUACCCUUUAGGAUCUCUUCCAACCCUACAUUUCUAUGAUUCUAUUAUCCCGAGGAAGGUCCGUAUAGUUAAAGCCAUGGUUUUCCCAGUAGUGAUGUAUGGAAGUGAGAGCUGGACCAUAAAGAAGGCUGAUUGCCGAAGAAUGGAUGCUUUUGAAUUCUGGUGCUGGAGGAGACUCUUGAGAGUCCCAUGGACUGCAAGAAGAUCAAACCUCUCCAUUCUGAAGGAAAUCAGCCCUGAGUGCUCACUGGAAGGACAGAUCCUGAAGCUGAGGCUCCAGUACUUUGGCCACCUCAUGAGAAGAGAAGACUCCCUGGAAAAGACCCUGAUGUUGGGGAAGAUGGAGGGCACAAGGAGAAGGGGACGACAGAGGACGAGAUGGUUGGGCAGUGUUCUCGAAGCUACCAGCAUGAGUUUGGCCAAACUGCGGGAGGCAGUGGAAGACAGGAGUGCCUGGCGUGCUCUGGUCCAGGGGGUCACAAAGAGGCGGACACGACUAAACGACUAAACAACAAAUUAUCCCGAGGAAGAACAAUUCAGGGACUUCAGCCGUUCCAGAAAUCACAACCAAGUGGUUGCCUUUUUCUUUAUUUUUUACCCAAAUGGAGGUGGUUCUUGCACAACAAAUGGCUUCCUCGCCCAGAUGGCGCGCCAGGUCUCUCAGUUGCGAGUGUAGGUGGGUGCGAUCGAGAGAAGCGAAAAUAGCAGGAUGGAGUGGAACAAAGCAGUCGUUCGUAGAUGAGCAGAGACGCCAACAGUUGGACCGAAGGAAGGGUUUUGGCCGGCGCAGUUUGUCCCGUUGCUCCAAGACGAUGACGAGAGAAGCUGCGCUUUGCCAAAAUUCUCUUCUGCACAACUACUAUUGCAGCAGGAGCACAGAGGGGCUUUGCAAGAACUUCCUUUACCGAAUGAACGUUACACCCAUGACCUCUUUCCCGACAGCGCAGGAAGCUGGCUGCCAGCGAUAAACAGAGGUGGGUGGGUUUUCUCUCCCCCCUCCCCGCCCUUUGACCUAACCCUGCCCUCUGCUGCGCUCUUAGACCAAACAGCUUUCCAGACUGAGGAGAGUCAGAGCCUGGUGCAAUUCCCCAGGCCAGAGAGCUGAUGCGCUCUGAUUAUUUCCUGCCCGCCAGCUGGGGGAAUGUGAGCUUUCAAAAGGCUUCUUAGCGAAGGUUUGGCAGAAUGCAAAAAGGCAGGCAUCGCAUCAUCACCGCCAUCAUCAUCACCGUCCCCAGCGGGACAAAAAUGAUGAAUUUGCCAGCGACUCAGCAGUCCAAAUUGCGCUUCCCAAGGGAGCGAUCGUAAAGGACACGCCACACUAAUGAUCAGGGUAAAAAAUGAUGCUGUUCACUCCUUGCAAUGCAGCCACACACACACACACACACACACACACACACACACACCCAACCCCAGCAGCCUGCUAAGCCCCAUUCUCUCCGGCUGUUAAAUCCCUUCCUGUGCACUGGGGGCUGGGGGACCCUCCGGAGCAGAUCUGGCUGGGCAGGGGGGCUGCAAGGGGGCUCAGAGGAAGGAGAAGCCACAUCAGCACGCAGGCAGAAGUUUGCUAGCUCAACAUCAAAUAUUUGUGGCCACAACAUCAAGACAGCUUUUUUCUGGGCUCACCCAGACCUCCCUCCUCCUCCUCCCUUUUAACAUUGCAACUUAGGAAAAGUUCUGGGAAACUUGAAGGCUUGCUUCCUAUUGUGACACUUCACUGGGUCCUAAUAAAGGCAAGGCCCAGUUGUGGAUGUUGGAAUUUUUCUUAAGGGCUGGCAAAAUUCCUUUAAUUUUUGUUUAGCGGAGAGAUUGAUAUUGUACACACACGGAUGAGUAUGGGUAGAGUUAGGGAACAGUUUCUUCUGGCAUUUGUUAUCCCAGGGAUAACCAGUUAUACCCUUUUAAAAAUAAUAAUAAUAAAUUAAAUAAAACAUACAUAAGUAUUUAAAAACAAUGUUCUGUGUUUAUUUAUUUGACGUAGAGGGGAACGGCAUUGUGUUAUAUGUGUGCAUAUAUGCAAACAGAGACCUCGCCCUAGAAACCCUCAUGUUCUCUUCGCAUGUGUGCACACAAGCGCAUUAUUAUUAUUAAAAUUGAUAUAUUGCCCUUCAUUCAAAGGGCAGUUUACAACAUAAAAACACAAAAUACCUAACAUAAUACUACUACUAAUAAAAUAACCCCGACAGACACAUUUAAAAGGGCAUCAAUUGUUUAAUCAGCCAAAGGCCUGGGA